CAAUUGUCGAACGUUCUGUACCAGUGUUUCUAAACGAACUAAAAUUUUAAUUUGAAAAAGGUUUUAUUAAGAUCUGUAGUCAACAAAAAUGGUUCAGGAUGGAGGAAGCAUUGUUCAAUUUGAACCUGUCAUGUCAAAUAAUAACGGAUAUGACAAAGUAUCACAUACCUUAGUAUUUUAUGUUAAUGGCAAGGAGGUAGUAGACGAUAACGUCGAUCCAGAAUGGACAUUACUAUGGUAUUUGAGGAAUAAGUUACACUUAACUGGCACGAAACUGGGCUGUGCGGAAGGUGGUUGUGGAGCGUGCACUGUGAUGAUCUCAAAAUUAGAUCGUGUAACAGGAGCUAUUACACAUUUAGCGGUAAAUGCGUGUUUGACACCGGUUUGUGCCAUGCACGGUUUAGCAGUUAUCACUGUGGAAGGUAUUGGUAGCGUUAAAACGAAACUUCAUCCAGUGCAAGAGCGUAUAGCAAAAGCUCAUGGAUCACAAUGUGGUUUUUGUACACCUGGAAUUGUGAUGUCUAUGUACGCGUUGCUACGAACAACGCCAAAACCGAGCAUGAAGGAUCUUGAAAUUGCAUUUCAAGGAAAUUUAUGUAGAUGCACGGGUUACCGACCUAUAAUAGAAGCUUAUAAAACUUUCACGGAAGAAUGGGAAAUAAUGCAAUUAAUGUCAAAGGAUAAAGAGAGAUCUCCGACGAAUGCAGAAUGUCCGAUGGGAGAAAACUGCUGUAAAAGAAUACCAAUAGCAGAACCCUCAGAAGUUUUUGAUUCAAGAGAAUUCCGUCCAUAUGAUCCUUCUCAGGAAAUUAUAUUUCCGCCCAAGUUAUACAUGUCUCCGUAUUUAGAUGAAGAAUACCUAAUAAUAAAAGGGAAAAGUGUUACUUGGCAUAGACCAAAAACACUUACUGAAUUAUUGUGUUUAAAAAGCCAGCAUCCAAAUGCAAAAAUUGUCGUAGGAAAUACCGAGAUAGGCGUUGAAGUUAAAUUCAAAUGCCUAUUAUAUCCAGUACUUAUACAGCCUACAUUAAUCAAAGAAAUGCAUAGUAUUGAUGAAUAUUCAAAAGCAAUGAAUGUGGGUGCUAGUGUUACACUUGUUGAAAUGGAAAAAUCUUUAAGAAAUCAAAUUACUUUAAAACCUGAAUAUCAAACAAGAAUUUUUAGUGAAAUAGUUAAUAUGCUUCAUUGGUUUGCUGGCAAACAAAUCAGAAAUGUUGCUGCUGUUGGUGGAAAUAUAAUGACUGGAAGUCCCAUAUCAGAUUUAAAUCCAAUUUUUAUGGCUGCUCAAAUAAAAUUAAAUGUUUCAAGCUUAAAAAAUGGAAAUAGACUUAUUCCAAUGGAUCAUACCUUCUUUAAGGGUUAUCGACAAAAUGUCGUUUUACCGGAAGAGGUUUUGCUUUCAAUUCAAAUACCAUUCUCUGAAAAAGAUCAAUAUUUUGUUGCCUAUAAGCAAGCAAGAAGACGAGAUGAUGAUAUUGCUAUUGUUAAUAUGGCAUUAAAUGUAUUUUUUGAACCAGAAAGUAACAUUGUUAAUAAAGCGUAUUUAGCUUUUGGCGGCAUGGCACCAACGACGGUUUUAGCUACAAAAACUUGCAACAUCAUGAUUGGAAGAAAUUGGGACAAUGAUCUUCUAGAAACUGUUUAUGAUUCAUUAUUGAAUGAGCUACCUUUACCAGACAAUGUUCCAGGCGGAAUGGUCAAAUAUCGCAAAUCGUUAACUCUAAGCUUAUUCUUUAAAGGUUUUUUACAUAUAGCUAAAAAACGUCAAAUAUCUUUGUCAAAAGAAAUUGAAAGUGCAGCUGAAGUAUUUCACACUAAAGAACCAAAAUGUUCUCAAUAUUAUCAAGUGAUUUCAAAUGAUCAAGAAAUAAACGAUUUAGUCGGCAGAACAAUUGUUCACGCUAGUGCAUUUAAACAAGCAACAGGAGAAGCAAUUUAUUGUGAUGAUAUGCCGAAGUUCACUGAGGAGCUUUAUUUAGCUAUGGUUUUGUCUACCAGAGCACAUGCAAAAAUUUUAAAAAUUGAUGAAACUAAGGCAUUAUCACUAGAAGGUGUAAUUGCGUUUUAUAGUUCGAAAGAUAUACCCGAAAAGCAACGUUUUGUUGGUCCUAUAUUUCAUGAUGAAGAAAUUUUUGUGUCAGAAAAGGUAACUAGUCAUGGUCAAGUAAUUGGAGUAAUCAUAGCUAUUAGUCAAAGUAUUGCACAAAAGGCAGCUAGAAUGGUUGAAGUCGAGUACCAGAAUUUAGAACCAGUAAUCAUUUCUAUUGAGGACGCUAUUAAAUAUCGUUCGUUUUUCAAUGAUACACCAAAGUGUAUAAAAAAUGGAGACAUAGAAAAGGCUUUUGCUGAAUCACAAUAUAUUCUUGAGGGAGAAGCUCGAACAGGAGGACAAGAACAUUUUUAUCUGGAAACAAAUGCAGCUUUAGCGGUUCCAAAAGAAGAUGAAUUAGAAGUAUUCUGUUCGACACAACAUCCGUCGGAGAUACAGAAACUCAUUUCACAUGUAUUAAAUAUUCAUUCUCAUAAAAUUGUAGUUAGAACGAAAAGAUUAGGUGGUGGUUUUGGAGGGAAAGAAUCUCGUACUUUAAUACUUGCUUUGCCAGUUGCUUUUGCUGCGUAUAAAUUAAGAAAACCAGUACGUUGCAUGUUUGAUAGAGACGAAGAUAUUAUGGUAACUGGAACAAGACACCCAUUUUUGCUAAAAUAUAAAGUUGGAUUUAACGAUAUUGGUAUGAUCAAAGGGGUCGAAGCCUAUAUUUACAAUAAUGCGGGUUACUCUCAAGAUCUUUCUUCCCCGGUCAUAGAACGUGCUAUGUUCCAUUUUGAAAAUGCUUACAAAAUAUCAGCUUGUCGUGUAUAUGGUUUCAUAUGUAAAACUAACAUCCCAUCAAAUACUGCAUUCCGUGGUUUUGGAGGUCCACAAGGAAUGUUUUUAGGUGAAACAAUGAUAAGACAUAUAGCAGAAUAUCUAAAUAAAGAUCCUAUUAAGGUUGCAGAGCUAAAUUUAUAUAAAGAAGGAGAUACAACUCAUUAUAAUCAGAAACUUACUAAUUGCACAUUACAACAAUGUUGGGAAGAAUGUAUUGUAUCUUCAAAUUACAAUGAACGGUUUGUACAAGUUCAAAGGUAUAAUAAGGAAAAUAGGUACAAAAAAAGAGGGUUGGCAAUAGUUCCAACGAAAUUCGGUAUUGCUUUUACUGUAAUAUUUUUGAAUCAAGCAGGGGCACUUGUGCAUGUUUAUACGGAUGGUUCUGUAUUAAUUAGUCAUGGAGGUGUUGAAAUGGGACAAGGUUUACAUACAAAAAUGAUACAAGUAGCAAGCAGGUCCUUAAAAAUAAAGCCAGAUAAAAUACAUAUAAUGGAAACAUCCACAGACAAAGUACCAAAUACAUCUGCAACAGCAGCUAGUGCUGGUUCAGAUCUAAAUGGUAUGGCUGUCAUGAAUGCAUGUAACGAAAUUAUGAAGCGAUUAAAACCAGUGAUAGAUAAGAAACCAAAUGGAACAUGGGAAGAGUGGAUAACAAUAGCAUAUAUGGAAAGAAUAAGCCUUUCUGCUACUGGAUUUUACAAAACUCCUGAUAUAGGAUAUUCAUUUGAAACUAAUACCGGAAAUCCAUUUAAUUAUUUUACAUAUGGUGUUGCAUGUUCAGAGGUAGAAAUUGAUUGCCUCACUGGAGAUCAUCAAGUGUUGCAAGCUGAUAUUGUAAUGGAUUUAGGUCAAAGUUUAAAUCCAGCAAUUGACAUAGGACAAAUUGAAGGAGCUUUUAUUCAAGGAUAUGGUCUAUUCACAUUAGAAGAAAUGAUUUAUUUGAGAAAUGGAGCUAUUGCUAGCCGAGGUCCAGGUGCAUAUAAAUUACCUGGCUUUACAGAUAUUCCUGAAAUAUUUAAUGUUUCUUUAUUGAAAGGAGCCUCAAAUCCUAGAGCUGUUUAUUCAUCUAAGGCUGUAGGAGAACCGCCAUUGUUUCUCGCAUCUUCCGUGUUUUUUGCAAUAAGAGAAGCUAUUAAAUCUGCUCGUGAAGAAUAUGGUUUGAAAGGUUACUUCCAAUUAAAUGCACCUGCAACUGCAGCCCGUAUUCGAUUAGCAUGCGUUGAUGAGCUUACAUCGAAGAUUGCAGAACCAGAAUUAAAGUGUCAGUGGAAUGUUGUUCCAUAA